AUGGGCAGAUUCGGGCUGCAGCCCUGUCAGCAGGCCUCCGGCUCAAUAGGCCUCUUCACCUGGGCACCUCACGUUCCCACGCCCUACGAGGCCACCGGCUCGCCCGCACUGGAGCCGCUGGAAGCUUCCCGCCCCUCCCCCGCCGGUGCGGCUGCUGGGCGUCCCGUCUCCCAGGACGGUCCUUCCGCACCUGCCAACCUCGAGUCCCUCCAAUCUCGUCUCAGUCGUCUCACCCGCAGCCCCAUUGCUGCCUUCAUAAAUCGUCAUUUUCCCAACGCUACAUGGGCCUUCUCUCUUAGGCAUCGCCAACAACCUCUUCUCAUGGCGGCCGAGCACAGGCCCGAGACCGCCUCAGAGGAGGUCUCGGAAGAGCGCACCGAGCCCUUUUCUCAAUCGGAGAUUGAUGCCCGCUUCAACCGCUUCGGCGUCGAGGAGACAAGCGCCGGUCCCAACGACGAGAAUGUCUCAUUAGAUGACUUGCACGUCGACGACGACCAUCACAAACAGGGCAUCCGCAUCCUCGUGCGGCCCCUCACAAAGCUGAACAGCACGCGAUCCGUGAGCCCGGGAAACGAUAACUGCCGCUGGCUUGCGCUUCGUGCCGAAGUUGCUUCGUCUGACCAGCCUGAGCACAAGGUGCUGGCUGUGACUCAGACUUCCAAAGAUAUAAAGUUUUCUGUCCGCAUUCCAGGAGAAAGCCAAGACGACGCUCCGCGCCCACCUUUGUGGUGCGAGCUGUACUACGAUCCUGCCAGUGACAAGGUCAUCUUUCUGAACAGGUCUGAUGUUCCCAUCUCGUUGCACAAAUUGUCGCAAACCGGUCUGGGGAGCCGGCCUCCAAGUGAGACUUACGUCAUCAACCCGGGCCUCAUCAAUGCAUUGCGACCCGGUACAUGGCGCAUAAAGGUUCGCGACAUUGCCGUCUUGGACUUUCGCAUUCUGGAAAAGCGACCUGUGACGUUGUACCAGGCCCGACCUGCGCUGCCUCAUCAGUCAUCGUCGCUCACCAGUUUUGCCAGCACUUCCAGUAUGAAGAGGGCUUUGAGCCCCGAUGAAAGUGAGAGGAGAGCCAAGCGUCGCAUUUCAGAUGCCUCUGGUCCGGCAGAUGACGGAGUCAUCAUGUUUCUCCGUCCUGCAGCGGAUCCACUGGUAUUUCCUCUGCCCAACGGGAAAGAAAGCAAAGAGCUCUCUGCCACAACAGCUCAUGCCCUCUUGGACGCCGAGAAAGGCGAAACUAUUGCCGUGCCAGGCGUGUGUGAGCUUGACGAGUAUUAUCUAACUAAGCGGGACCCAAUCGCCUGCACCUCCCAGUCCGCUGUUUUCAUGGCGGAUCACUCAAAGGUCCCCGAUAACAUUGUGACUGUAAAGGUCCUCAAGACGAGGAUGGCCAACGGGAACGAUAAGCCGUACGGUCACGAACGGAGCGUAAUUCGUCAGGCAGAUAUGUGGUUGCGCGAAAGCCAGAGCCAAGAGGGCUUGCAACAUGAGUCCAUUGUUCGAUACUAUGGAGGAGACGCACGAUAUUUGUCGCUAUAUAUGGAACACGUUGAUGCCCCAGAUCUCGCAGCCGCAAGCCGGUGGAGGAACAAACAGACGGAUUUCUUCAUGGGAACUCGAACUGACGCGAUGCGAAUUCUGCGUGACAUUGCCAGCGCUCUUGGUUAUAUCCACGGCAGGCAAUUGGUUCACAAUGACAUUAAACCAGCCAACAUUUUGUAUUCGCCCGAGCGAGGUGCCGUGCUUUGCGACUUUGGUCUCUCAACUCCGGCUGCCAAUCCCCCGUCGGGCGGAGGCACGCCAUAUUAUGUGCCCCCCGAAUUCAUUGGGACUAAAAUGCGUGGUCCCUCUUCUGAUGUCUGGGCUUUGGGCAUCACCAUGCUGUACGCCUUGCGCAAGAUCUCGUUCCCAGACAGCAGGGCUAGGCGGCACCAUCCGAAACCACUGUAUUGGCAAAUCGCAGCUAUCAAUAAUCCCAACAUGCCGCACAAAUUCGGUAAUGGCCAGUCUGCUGUACAUCAGAUGCGCACAUGGCUGGGGGAAAUAUUCGAAGCACGAAAACAUCUCAAUCCCGGGGACCAUCUAGAGCGUCUGGUAAAGGAUAUGUUGACGCCAAACCCAAACAACCGCAUCACCAUGAACAGAGUCUUGCAGGAGUUGUUGAUUGAUAUUCCCGCCAAGGCUGGUUGA